GAACUGGCCAGACGUGGUCGGCGAUUGGGACGGAGAACAGUUUUCCCUUCCAGUGUUUUCUUAAGAUCGGUGUGAACUUCAUGUGCUCUUGUUCUGUGGCCGACUCUGGGUCGAAUUAUCUCGAAAUCGAGGAAAAACGCGAGUUCUGUGUCGAGUGCCGUUCGGAGAAAAGGCCCAGACCUGGCCAGGUAAAGCGGACCGGAUUUUAAAAGGUUCUUUCCUAAAUUUGCUGCCUGGACAUAGUUGCUGAAAAAAUUCUAUGGCCAAAAAGGCGGAAACCCUCUUCUAAUUGGAGGGUUCGGUUAUAAAAAUUGACACCUUCCUCUGCGAUAUAAUAAACAGGUUGAAGCGAGAGGAAAGGGGCGCGUGGUCACACCGCCCUUUGCAUUAAUCAUGGAAGACAAUACAAUUAGGCGACAAGCAACAAGGGUUUUUAAGAAGAGUUCGCCUAAUGGAAAAAUCACUGUAUACCUAGGAAAGCGUGACUUCGUCGAUCAUGUCACUCACGUUGAUCCGAUUGAUGGUGUAGUCUUGAUAGAUCCAGAUUAUGUUAAAGAAAGGAAGGUGUUUGGACAUGUACUUGCUGCGUUCAGAUAUGGCCGGGAAGAUUUGGAUGUGCUGGGGCUCACAUUCAGGAAAGACCUUUACUUGGCCGCCGAGCAGAUUUACCCUCCAAUUGAACAACGUCAAAAGCACCCUAUAACAAGGCUACAAGAACGACUGAUGAAAAAACUAGGUCCAAACGCAUACCCUUUCUACUUUGAACUUCCCCCGCAUUGCCCUGCGUCGGUGACACUCCAGCCUGCACCAGGCGACACAGGAAAACCGUGCGGCGUCGACUAUGAACUGAAAGCCUUCGUUGCGGAAAAUCAAGAUGACAAACCACAUAAACGAAAUUCUGUAAGGUUAGCUAUCAGGAAGAUCAUGUAUGCUCCUUGUAAUCAAGGUGAACAGCCUUCUGUAGAAGUCAGCAAAGAAUUCAUGAUGAGCCCUAAUAAACUGCACUUAGAAGCAUCUCUUGACAAAGAGCUUUAUCAUCAUGGGGAAAGUAUUGCAGUAAAUGUACACAUAGCAAAUAAUUCUAAUAGGACUGUAAAAAAAAUUAAAGUUUCUGUCAGACAGUUUGCGGAUAUUUGUUUAUUUUCAACAGCACAGUAUAAGUGUACAGUUGCAGAAGCAGAGAGCGAGGGUGGAGUAGGUCCCGGUUUCACCCUUUCACGAGUGGUGACCGUUAGACCGACACUGCAAAACAACAAGGAUAAACGAGGCCUAGCGUUGGACGGCCAGCUGAAACACGAAGACACCAAUCUAGCCUCGAGUACAAUGGAAGGUUGCCCUAUCGGACCGGGUUUCACGCUCUCGAAGGUCUUCUCGUUGACUCCGCUCUUGGCCAACAACAAGGACAAAUGGGGCCUUGCUCUAGAUGGCCAGCUGAAACACGAAGACACCAACCUUGCUUCGUCCACUCUUGUAGCUGAUCCUUCUCAAAGAGAAAAUCUUGGUAUAAUAGUGCAGUAUAAAGUCAAAGUUAAACUUUGCCUCGGGCCGCUAGGAGGGGAUUUAGUCGCUGAGCUUCCGUUUAUUCUUAUGCACCCUAAACCGGAAGAAGAACCUCCGAUUAACACAGGUGGAACUGACGCCACUCAAGCCCCAAAUAAUAAUGAUGUUCCUGUUGACACCAACCUCAUACAAUUAGACACGGAUGAACAUUUUGGUACUGGUGAACCGGAUGACGAUAUUAUAUUUGAAGAUUUUGCUCGCCUCAGACUAAAAGCCGGUGAAAGCGAAGCCUAAAACAUUUCUAAGUAAAGAAGAGAUGAAGCGGAAAAGAAAGAUUACCCUUUAUAACACGUAAGAUAAUUGUAUACUAAUUCAGUAUAAUAACACAACACAAAAGUACAAGUCGGGCACACAAUUAUACAAACAAAGGCAUUUUUGAUAUUGUCCCAGUAUCUUUAGUGGAGGCCCAGUGAUUGGGAAUUGUGGUCAGUUCUACUUGCCCUUGUUUACUUUAAUUUAAAAUUGUAAUCGGAUGUAUACAAAAAAUUCUUUGGAUCUGUAACUGCAUUCCAAAUAAUAUUAUUAUAUGUUUAUAUUUUUUAAAACUUGUUUUAUCUAUUUCUAAUAUUGUUUUUAAUAUUAUUGGAAAAUUUUAUAUGCCCCCUGCUUUAAUCUAGUCCACAGAAAUUGAAGUUAGGAUGUGUGUUGUAUAUUUUGUUUGCUAUUUAUUAAUAUGCUAUGCAAGUCAAGCCCAGAUACAAUCCAAUGAAGACAGGUUUAAUUUGAUAAUUACAAAUUUGCCCUUCAAUUUAAGGCUGCCAUUGCUAACUUACCCAAAGAAAUGUUAGUUUUCCUAUGCCUGUUUGAACCAAGUCUGUUACCCAAAAAAUGUACCCAAAUUCCCAGAAAAUUAUAAAAAUAAAAAAAAAAUUGCCUGGUUGUAUUUUAAUUAUUAUAGUUGUCUCCAGUAUUUCUAUGCACAAAAAAGGUUUAAAGAACUAUAAUGCAAUGUUAUAUGUGAAUAUUUGUAUGGUAUGUAGUGAGAAAUAUGUUCUUUAGAAAUUGUUUUUAGUACUAGUGUACAUUGGUAUGUCUUGUAAUAUAUUUAUUUGUAAUUUAAAGAAGAGAUUAAAAAUUUUUAUUAAAAACAAAAAAUACUGCAUUUAUACCACUUUUUUAUCAGGUGGGGAGUUGAUGCUUGAUAUUAUUUACAUUCUUUUUUCUUCUUUUUUACUCCAAAAAAAAUUGACUUCCAAUGAAUUUUUUAUUGAAUUAUUAAAUUUUGAUAAUUUAUUGAGUAAAAACUAUUAAGUGAAAUUAUAUUUUAGCAGAAAAUUGGCAAUAAUAGAUUUUGGGGUACCUUAUAGGUUUAAGACAUUUUUAUAAUGUUAUGAUAUCGAUAUUAUAUUCAAUAUUACAAAUUUAAAAAAACAAAUAAA